CUCAUACAGCGGCGCUUCACACGGAUGUCGCGCUUAUUCUUCUACAGGCGUAUGAAGGAUGUCAUUAAUCGUCUCCCGGGACAUUACAAAAGAAGAUAUUUGGAAAAUCAGGAUAACUUAGCAAAUGAAAAGUUUCUCGCCACAUCUUUAAUUGCGAAAGAGGAAACUGGAGCUGUAUUUCCUAAUACAUAUUUUGACUCACGACUCAAUGUCGUCUACCCUCCUGAGUCUCAAAAGUGCUUGUGGGGUGGGGAGGGAAUUAUUGGGGGCUACUGGGAGAAGAAGAACCAGAGACCCAGGUUUCCAAAAACAUGGUCUCCUGUUCUUAUGGAACAGUUGUUCCAUAGUGAGAUCUUAAACCGUUGGAUGGUUAUAAUUGUGUCGGAAACUGCACUAAAGCAGAUUGAAGAGUCUGGCGGUUUUGAUUUUUACAUACUUUCGACUCCGGAAUCAAAGCUUAAGAGUAGACUUGGGAUGCACCUUAAGAGGGACAUGCUAAUUACCCUUGCAAAAGCAGAAGAGAAUGGGAAUAUUCCAAGCAGUCUGCAGAAGUUUUCAAGAUUUAUAAUACCUCUUGAAGAAGCCGAAUGGAUUGGUCUUACACUAGAAGAAGCUGUUAAAAAACAGAUGAAAAUAGAACAUGAAAUAGCCAGAAGCCAAGUAAAACCACUGAAGCUUGUUUUGGCAGAAAACUUGAUUGAUAAAUUGAUCAACUCUGUUGAAAAAGAAAAAGGUUAGAUGCAUUUCAAUAUCACAUGUAUAUAUUCAAUUGAUUUUUGAAUUCGGUGGACUUUGGUAGAAACAUCACUAAUAUUGUUCUUCUGUUUAAACACUCUUUAGUUUAAAUAUUAGUUAUGAGAGAGAUUUAUUCUCAUAAAAGUGUAUGGAAGCAGUUUAAAGUGAAUGGAUGUAUAAUAACAAUAAUCUUUGCUUCAUUCGCAAUCAUAUUUUUGUUUUUUUAGUACAGAGUUUACAGCAUAUGAUAUUGCAAAAUUUAUUCUUUGUACAACUUUUUGUAUCUAUUCUAAAAUAAGUCAUAGUUAUUAGUGAAAUUGAAAUAAGAUAUGGGAUGAUAGUGGAGUUAGGAAAAUUAUACAUUCUUGAAAACCUUGUUGAUGAGAAUUAGUCUAAUACAGUUGUCUACAAGUGUGAUUGGAGAAGAACAAACUAUGGCUGAAUUUUAGCAUUUGGUUAUCUUUGUGUUUGUUUCUUUUUUUCCAUUUC